AUGUCUUAUUUUCCAAGAGCCGACGACUUUGCUCCAAGACUCGGAUAUGACCAUACGCUUACUGGUCCUGAGGACUUUAUCUUUAACCAUGAUACUAUACAAAGAGUAUCUCCUACCGAAGACACUUUAUCGGACACACUUUCACCUUCUUACGACUUAGAGGAUUUUAGGUCUUUUCCUUCACCUCCAAAAAAUUAUAAUUUUUCUACGAAAUACGAAAAGUUUCACGUGACUCCAAGCCAUAGAGCCGGUUAUAACAAGAUUUACAAUUUUAGGCGUUCAAAAAGUUUCUUUUUUGAGCUGGUUGAUCAUUUACCAAACACCAAUGAACUUCAAUUGAAGAUUUACACAAAUGAUUAUCAUAUGUCUUCUAGCCCGAUUAGUCAUAACUCCACAAGUCAACUCCCGAAUUUUAAAUUUCAAAUAUCGAAACAGCUCACGCACUUUUUUUCAACACAAAAAGUUAUUCCUCGACGUUUUCAAGAAAAAUUUUUCACGCUUAUUCGUAAAAAAUUAUUGGAGCGCUUAGAUUUUAUAGUAUCACAUGCUCAAAAGAAAGAUACAAAUAAUCACAUGACUAAAACUUUUUUUAAUUUUUCGUAUAAGAAAUAUAGAUUUUAUUUUGGCAAAGUUUAUAAGAACUUUCAGCAUACUCCUAGCUCACGUCCAAAAGUCAAAAAACGACAAGAGGCACGCUUUAAUGCAUCAAUGAGGAAAACCUUUCACAAUGCUAAAUUGACACCUGAUGCUCCGAUGGAUGACAAACUUCAAGCUGCUCGGCAUCAUAAAUUUUUGUUUCAAGAAAAUCAACAUUUUAGUACACCUAUCAAACAUCUUCGUUACAAGAAAAAAUUUAUUGUACCCAAACAAGAUGAUUAUACCUUUCCGCUCCCGUUUCCUGAAACUAAUACUAAUCUUAUGGUAGCCAUGUCCGAUUUAAAUCCUAUUGACAGCUCCGUUGUAUCUACACUUACUGGUAAUUCUACACCACCAUCAUCCAUUAUCGAUACUUUUGAAAACGUGCCUGCACAUUACGUUCUGCUAAUUCCGGAGGAACCUUUUUACAAAGGCGGCUUACUUAAUCAACCCUCUCGUAGCAAAAUUAGGAAACGCAACUUGAAUCCAUUAACGGUUGGCAGUAACGCUUGGUUAGCCCAUAUGAAAGAAAUCUAUGAUCAACAUGAAGAGGAUAUGAAAUAUGAACGUGAAAAAACUGACGCUGGAAUCCGAUGGGAUACUACUCCUGAUUAA